AUGGCUUUCUCUCGUGUGGGAAAGAUUGGCGUGGCAACUGUUCAACUCAUGUGCUUAGUGCAUCUGAUUAAUACACACAUGUUUGAAGUACGAAGUUGCAGAGGUGCUUCGAUGGUCCCGACCAUUUCGCCUAUGGGCGACUUGGUUUUCCAUGUGCGCCUUAAUUUUCUAAGGUCGCUUAGCAAAACUCCUUUCGCCAGCGAGGACCUAAAAAGUCGAUUCCCACAGGUUCCUCGCGGCAUGCCUUCCCACAAACUUGACCCCAGCUGUGGGCUUGGAUUGCGUCUCGGCGACCUUGUUGUGGCUACUUCUCCAAGUGAUCCAUCUCGCACAGUGUGCAAGCGCAUUCUCGGCAUGCCAGGUGACACAGUGCUGCUAGAUCCACGCGAUCAUAUCUCAGAGUCUGCGCUGCAGCUGGCUGCCCAUUUCGAGGCGGGGUCCCAUGUAAUGCCAUAUUUGCGUAUGCAUACGGGGCGCACGGUCACUGUUCCACCUGGGCAUGUUUGGCUGACGGGCGACAAUUUAGCCAACAGUACGGAUAGCCGACACUAUGGUCCUGUGCCUAUGGCCCUAAUCAAAGGACGAGUGAUGGCACGAAUCUAUCCAAGUAUGCAUUGGUAUGGAUCUGCCUUGAAAAAGGUGCCUAAAGUUAUGCCCCACGAAGAACAUCGUACAGACGCUGAUGAAACAUGGGCGCAUUAUCAAGCUUAA